GCGGCUGCGGGAGGGCUCGGUGGUGGGCGCGCCCGCGGAGCCAUGGCCGUGCCCUUCGUGGAGGACUGGGACCUGGUGCAGACACUGGGAGAAGGAGCGUACGGCGAAGUUCAGCUGGCCGUGAACCGAAGGACCGAGGAAGCCGUUGCGGUGAAGAUCGUAGACAUGAAGCGAGCCGUAGACUGUCCCGAGAAUAUUAAGAAAGAGAUCUGCAUCAAUAAAAUGCUCAAUCAUGAGAAUGUCGUGAAAUUCUAUGGCCACAGAAGAGAAGGCAACAUCCAGUAUCUUUUUCUGGAGUACUGUAGUGGGGGAGAGCUUUUUGAUAGGAUAGAACCAGAUAUAGGCAUGCCUGAACAAGAUGCUCAGCGGUUCUUCCAUCAGCUCAUGGCAGGGGUGGUUUAUCUGCAUGGUAUUGGAAUAACUCACAGGGAUAUUAAGCCUGAAAAUCUCUUAUUGGAUGAGAGGGAUAACCUCAAGAUCUCUGACUUUGGCUUGGCAACCGUGUUUCGGCAUAAUAAUCGGGAACGUUUAUUGAACAAAAUGUGCGGUACUUUACCUUAUGUUGCUCCCGAACUUCUAAAGAGGAAAGAAUUUCAUGCAGAACCAGUUGAUGUUUGGUCCUGUGGAAUAGUACUUACAGCCAUGUUGGCUGGAGAAUUGCCGUGGGACCAGCCCAGUGACAAUUGUCAGGAGUACUCUGACUGGAAAGAAAAAAAAACAUACCUCAACCCUUGGAAAAAGAUUGAUUCUGCUCCUCUAGCCUUGCUGCAUAAAAUCCUAGUGGAGAAUCCAUCAGUAAGGAUCACCAUCCCAGACAUCAAAAAAGACCGAUGGUAUAACAAGCCACUCAAGAAAGGGGCAAAGAGGCCCCGAGUCACUUCGGGUGGCGUAUCAGAGUCUCCUGGCGGGCUCUCGAAGCAUAUUCACUCCAAUUUGGACUUCUCUCCAUCAAACAGUACUCCCAGUGAGGAAAAUGUGAAAUACUCCAGUUCCCAGCCAGAACCACGGACAGGCCUUUCCUUAUGGGACACCAGCCCCUCCUACAUCGAUAAACUGGUCCAAGGAAUUAGCUUUUCCCAGCCCACAUGUCCUGACCACAUGCUUCUGAAUAGCCAAUUACUGGGCACCCCAGGAUCUUCACAGAACCCCUGGCAGCGCUUGGUGAAAAGAAUGACUCGAUUCUUUACCAAAUUGGAUGCAGAUAAAUCUUACCAGUGCCUAAAAGAGACUUGUGAGAAAUUGGGUUACCAGUGGAAGAAGAGUUGUAUGAAUCAGGUUACUGUAUCAACAACGGAUAGGAGAAACAAUAAACUGAUAUUCAAAGUGAAUUUGGUAGAAAUGGAUGAGAAGAUCUUAGUUGAUUUCCGGCUCUCUAAGGGUGAUGGAUUGGAAUUCAAGAGACAUUUCCUGAAGAUUAAAGGGAAGCUGAGUGAUGUGGUCAGCAGCCAGAAGGUUUGGCUUCCUGCCACGUGAUGGAGCCCUUGGCCCUGGGAUCUCCUGGUGAAUAUGGUGCUGCUAUGUUGACAUGACUCUUCCUGGAGAAGAUUCUCCUUGGCUGGGUAGUCGCUGCAGAGUCCCCUCCCCUUGUUAACCGAAUACCUUCCAGUCCUGACGUAUGUCCUGCGUACAAGUGAUAACUACGUCUUCACUCUAAGUAGAACUUCGGGGAAGGGACUAAUAGAAUUCAUCAGAUAACUCUUCAACCGGUGUCUAAACUUGAGAUCCACCAGAUAGAAACUAAGUUUUAAGGGCACAGGAACUCAUCAGUUUUUAUA